UUUGUGAGCUUGGCUUCAUAUAUAGAGGAAGUUGGCCAACGGUUAACUUCCCUCCAAACCUUGUGAUUCCCUUUGCAUCAAAGCAAAGCUUAGCAGUUUGAUUCUUGGUCACCCUCUGAAACACAACCUCACCCUCCUGACAUAUCCUUCACACCAAUCAUCCCCUCCUCUUCUAUAUACACUUCAUCAACUCCUUCAUAUUUUUAUCUCCCCCUAACCUUUAUAUGUACUAUGUGGUUGUUGAAAGGUUUGUGUUAUUGAAUCUUUUUGUGAUAUUUGUCUGAUUAUGUUGUUAGGAGUGUAAGCUGGUGCAGACCCAGAAAAGAUCUUCCAAUCAAGGCAAAAAAGAACAUUUCCGAUGAAUCCUCGGUGCUUCCUUCAUCCACAACCUCAAGAGUAUAGCAUGGUUUCAUUUUCUUCAAAUUCUGCAACAGAAGAUAGGGUGGCUAGUGCAAGAAACAGGCCUUCUCGUGCCACCCCUCCUUCCUUUUUGGUUCGUAUGGCCAUGAGAAUAUCUAGAGCAAGAUGGUUUACCUUUUUAAGGAGAGUUUUUCAUUACCAAAAUGGAUCAAGGUCCAACCUUGGCUCCAACCCUUUCAAUUCUAGCACUUGGAUGAUGCUGGAGUUUAUUGCCUUGGUUGUCCAAAUAACCAUUACAACAUUCACUUUGACUAUUUCCAAGAGGGAGAGACCUGUUUGGCCUAUGAGGAUUUGGAUUUCUGGUUAUGAUAUUGGCUGUGUUCUUAAUCUGCUGCUACUUUAUGGGCGCUACCAUCAAAUUUAUCCCACUCAAGGGGAUGCUCUCAACCUUUCUGAUAUGGAACAGCAGAGAAACAAUGAAGAAACCAGUGUGUACAGGAUGUCACACUUGAUGAAUAAAUGCCGGACUUCACUUGAACUUUUCUUCGCCAUAUGGUUUGUGAUGGGCAAUGUUUGGGUUUUUGACUCACGUUUUGGAUCUUUUCGUCAAGCUCCAAAACUCCAUGUGCUCUGCAUCACUCUUCUUGCUUGGAAUGCAUUGUGCUACUCUUUCCCUUUCCUGUUGUUUCUGCUGUUAUGCUGCUGUGUGCCACUAAUUAGCACCUUCCUCGGGUACAACAUGAACGUGGCCUCUUCUGAUAAAGGAGCCUCUGAUGAUCAAAUUUCACAACUUCCAAGUUGGAGACACAGAGAAGCCCGGAGCAAGUUAGAGCUUGGCAAUGACUCUGAAGGCAGUGAAAAGAUGAUCAAUGAAGACCAAGAAUGCUGUAUCUGCUUAGCCAAGUACAAGGACAAAGAGGAAGUUAGACAGUUGCCAUGUUCCCAUACGUUCCACCUAAAAUGUGUGGAUCAAUGGCUAAAAAUUACAUCCUGCUGCCCUCUUUGCAAACAAGGAUUGGAAAGGUAGAAAUAGCUGAAACAACAGUCAAGAGGAUUUGUCUUAUUUGGUCACAUGUAUACUCUUGAUAGUAUUACCCUUUUUUCCCUUAAAUUUUGGUUUAAUAUACUUUACAUGGGUUACUUGAGUGAGUUUGUAUAUGUACAGAAUAGCUCACCAGUGACCAAAACUAUACUUGGUUGUAAGUAAUGGAUCUGAUAACCUUUCAAAUUAAUGGAUUCCCUAUAUGCAUCAUUUUUCUUUUAUUGUCA